AUGACGACUAACUAUUUAGUACCAAACACCAAACCGAUUAAUGGAAAUGUAUUUCAUUCAUUCGAAAAGAUAAAUGAAAUAUUCGCAAAGAAUGAUGGUAGAAGAUAUUAUAGAGAACUUGAAAGUUCAUGCUAUGACUCUGAUGCUCCAUAUUUUGAUGAUAAACAAACUCAUUUAAGAAUUACAAAUCCAGCUCAUGAUGUGAACCAAUUAGGUGACACAUAUAUUAAACGCAAAGUUAAAGCAACUCUAGUUUCAAAUAAAGCUUUCACAUGUGAUGCCGCUUUUAAAUGCAUGCGUUUAUUCGUUGGUUACAAAUCAUCAAAUCAAAGCUUUAAACAAUUAGAAGUAGAAACCGAAAGAGGUGAUGCCGGUUAUCUUCAGAUGGAUUGCGCCCGUGAAUCUUUCGCAUUUGCAACAUAUAAACCAAAAUCAGAAAGGAAAGUUAAAAAGUUUGUUCAUUCGUUAUAUAAUAAUGUUCAAAAAUAUGAUAACUCAGUAUGUGGUAAAUAUAUUGACCCUUCAGAAGUUUUCAAGAAAGCAAAUGAAGAAGUUGAUGUCACUUUUGAUAUGAUUAUUCCGGUAAAUGAUUUGUUAGCAUUUCAGGCGUUCGAUGAUUAUCCUAAAUCAUUUGGUGAUAUCAUUCUUAAAUAUUAUGUUUUCAGGGAUACUUUAGUAUUUUGUCAGGUUGACCCGUUAAGAGUUGCUGAUUUACAAAAUUAC